AUGUUAUCGGAAAACAUCCAGCUGUCGCAACCAGUAAAUGGCUGGGACGGUGAAGCUUCACCGACCGGCUUCAUAGAUAUGUUUGACCUCUUGACGAACCCAGACAUGGGCAUCGAUAUAGAUAUCGGUAACGUGCCCGACAAAAUUCUGGCGACUUCCGAUCAUACGACAGCCUCUGGGCACUUACAACAGCCCUCGUUCUCGCUUCCAGCAUCGUUGUCGUAUAAGGAUCCUUCUUCGUUGCUCCAACGUCGCGAGUUCUCCCAGGUUGAUCUUCAGCUUACCAGUGAUCUUGCUCUACAUAUCCUGAGCUCCUACCUCUACACAAUGGCAGAUCAGGGCUCUCCACCACCCUUUAUCCACCCAAGCUAUCAGUAUUUAAAGGAAAUCGAUACAGAUCGCCCAAGUCCCCUCUCUGCAGCGAUGAAUUUGGCCAAGAUGCUAUUCAUUGGUCACGGAACAAAUAAGACCCUCAUAUGGAAGCUGAUACAGACAGAACAAGAACGACUGCUAUACGAUUAUUCAAAAUUCAACAGGUGGCAGGCUCUCGAGGCACUGCAAUCCAUCAUUCUCUACAUAUUGCUGAGGAUCAACGAGGGACGGCGUGACUAUACCAACUUCGAUACCAAGCUCUUCAUUUCUCUGAAUGCAAUCUGUCGCCACAUCUCGACCAACUUUGGCAAGCUCGUCAGCUCUGAUGAGCUCAAUGGUGAAAUGAUUCCAUGGAAGGACUGGGUCUUUUACGAGUCGCGCCGCCGAUCUGCGACUGUCAUCUACAUCAUUGACAGCAUUCUCUACGCUCGAAUAUCGGAGCCCGGCCCAGGCAUGCCGGAGUACAACCACGCCCCCGCGCCGUCUCCCUUGACACUGUGGAAUGCUGAGAACGAGUCGGAUUGGACCGCUGGCUACGCGAACUAUCUGCAUGCGAACACCGCGGAUGGCAUGCUCAAGAACGCAGAUCUCGUCGCGCUGAGGGAGGCUGCCACUGGAAACCAGAAUGAAAGAUGGUACGCGUAUGCCGACUCUUUUGGGCUUUUGGUGACUCUUACGGCCAACUUGAUUAUUUAA